ACGGGACAAAACCACAAAGCUUUUAGGUCCCUGCUGCUUUUUCUUGGUGGACCAUGGCAUCAACACAUGGCUGUCGAACUCUUAGUAAAGAUGACGCCAAUUACAAACUUCAUUUUCGGAUGAUGAACGAGCAACAAGUGGAGGACAUCACCAUCGAGUUCUUCUACAAGCCACACACCAUCACCUUACUGACGUUCACUGUCAUCAGUAUCAUGUACUUCGCUUUCACCAGGAAUGAUGCAGAUCCUGACAACAACCUGCGAGUGGGCCUCAUCCUUGUUGUUUCUUUCUUUCUGGUUAUCAGUGUCCUCGCUUUCCCAAAUGGGCCAUUUACCAGGCCACACCCAGCUAUAUGGCGGAUGGUUUUUGGUCUUAGUGUCAUUUACUUCCUGUUUUUGGUGUUUCUUAUCUUCCUUAACUGGGAGCAAAUAAAGAUCCUAAUGUACUGGCUGGAUCCCAAUUUAAAAUAUGCAACACGUGAGGCUGAUGUUAUGGAAUAUGCCGUGAAUUGUCACAUGAUCACAUGGGAGCGCAUCCUCAGUCACUUUGACAUCUUUGCUUUUGGUCACUUCUGGGGCUGGGCCAUGAAGGCUCUGCUCAUUCGCAGCUAUGGACUCUGCUGGACAAUCAGCAUUACAUGGGAACUGACAGAGCUGAUCUUCAUGCACCUUCUGCCUAAUUUUGCUGAGUGUUGGUGGGAUCAGGUCAUUCUUGACAUUCUCUUGUGUAAUGGAGGUGGCAUCUGGCUUGGCAUGACUGUGUGCCGCUUUUUGGAAAUACGCACUUACCACUGGGCCAGUAUUAAGGACAUCCACAGCACCACAGGAAAGCUCAAGCGUGCUGUACUGCAGUUUACUCCAGCCAGCUGGACCUAUGUGCGCUGGUUUGACCCCAAAUCCUCGUUUCAGAGGGUGGCAGGCAUUUACCUCUUUAUGAUCAUCUGGCAGCUUACAGAACUAAACACAUUCUUCCUAAAGCACAUCUUCGUGUUCCAGGCCUCUCACCCCCUUAGCUGGGGCCGAAUCCUCUUUAUCGGAAUCAUCACUGCCCCCACUGUGCGACAAUACUAUGCAUACCUUACAGACACUCAGUGCAAAAGAGUUGGAACUCAGUGUUGGGUGUUUGGAGCCAUCGCCUUCUUGGAAGCUCUGGCAUGUAUUAAGUUUGGACAGGACCUGUUCUCCAAAACACAAGUCAUGUAUGUGGUGCUCUGGCUUGUAUGUAUGGCAUUCUUUACAUUUCUGUGCCUGUAUGGCAUGGUGUGGUAUGAGCAGAACUAUGUUGUAAGGCUAAAGAGCACGUCCGAUUGUGAAGAUAGCAGUUUCAUUGACUCCUGUGGCUAUAUACCUGAAACAAGUAAAGCUGAAACCAAUUACUCACAGUCAAGCCGGCGGAGAAAAGGAGGCUUAGGAAGGAACAAAGCUAAUGGAACAAAUGGCAAACAAUAGCUGUGAUGUAGUAAUAAUCAUUGUUUAACACAAAGUGACCUUAAAUAGUAAAGCAUUUACUCAAGCACAAUACUGAAUCCAGCAUAAAGCAUUUGCUUAUUUUUCUUCAGCGUGGAGAUAUAUGCAGCUGCACUUAUUUUUCUCUGUUACUAAUGAGAAAGUUCUGUAGUAAAAUUAAUGGUUUGGUUCUAUGAUUCUAAUGUACAGAGCUUUGGUCAUGAGCCCAAAUGUGUCAGCCUAAGAUAGAGGGUCGGCUAAAUUUCCAUGCCCACUACCACUGUCUAAGGAGAAGUAACAGUUGCUACAGACUUAAACAUGUCUGUCUUGGUUUUCCUGACACAAAGGUAUUUUGGUUCAGAUAUGUGCAGGAAUACGACAUAUAUUGAUGAAGUUGUUCAACUACAUUCCUAUGAAGCAUUCAUUUCUUCCUUCAGCACUUAAAUACCUUAUUCGUUGUACUUCCACUUCACUCCAUGAACGUAAUUCCAGCACAAACAAUAUGUCAAAAUGCCAAACAUGUCUUAGUACAAACAACAGCUUUCACUAAAGGAUAGUGCAUUUUAAACAAUGUUUAAUACGCUAUACUAACUGUUAUCAUGGUAAAUUGGAUACUGUAGUAUUUUAAGAUAUG